UAAAAAGGCGCUGAAAUGAUAUCUACUAGAGUCUACACGGUUCUCAUGUUGACUAUUUUACGUGCACGCAUCCGCCCUUCAACUCACUCUCAUCAGACAACUUCUUCCAGCUGCUCAAAUAAACUGUCAGUCAUGUCAGCUGCCACAGCAGCCUCAUCUGCUAAAACGCCAAAAAGAAGGUCCAAGGCCAAGAAGUCAGGACUCAGUGUGUCUGAUUUGAUCCUCAAGGUCUUGUCAUCUUCAGAGGAGCGUGGUGGCGUCUCUCUGGUCGCUCUGAAGAAAGCGCUGGCUGCCAGUGGUUAUGAUGUGGUAAGAAACAACUCGCGCAUUAAGCUGGCAGUUAAGCGACUGGUGGCCAAUGGUCGCCUGAUGCAGACCAAAGGCACCGGAGCAUCUGGAUCAUUUAAGAUCGGCUCGAAAGCUGUUACAAAGCCAAAGAAGGCAACGGCGAAGAGGGCAAAGAGAAAGAUGGCCAAGAAACCUGCCGGGGCAAAGAAAUCCCCUAAGAGAAGGAGAAAUGUAGGAAGUCCUGAAAAGGCCAGCGAGACACCUGCGGUCAAGAAGACCACAAGACCCAAGAGAGCCAAACGAAGAGCUUCCAAAUCAAGCAAAGCAAAAACUGUCUAGAAAUAAUUAGGCUACCAUGAUGAUGGCUAUUGUUCUUACUUUAUAGCUAAGGGAUAUUGCAUUCUUUGUAAAACAAAUAAAACAAUUCUUAAUUAAUCAAACAAUGAUAGGCUAUUGGAGUUUUGAUGAUGAUGAAAAUAAAAAUAACAAUAAUUACCUA